CACAAAAUGUACCAUUCCAUUGCACCUGACUAACCGUAUCGAGAUUAUCUCUGUCUGCCUGUAGCUGCUGAAACACAAGGUAAACCCUGUUUGUUUGUGUGUCCAUUGAACGCACCGCUGGACUGACUGAACUGAGAAAACAAGGUGGAGGCGAUAAAAAUAAACGCUGUGACACCAGCAACAGCUGGGCAUAUCGGAGAGCGGACAGAGAGGCUCUGGGAUCAUUGAAUGGUGACUGAAGCUUUUUUUUUUUUUUUUUUAUCCUGGUAGUCGCAUCCGCAUUCAGCGCCUACUCAUCAUGCCUGUCCACAGGAGGCAGGUGGGUGAUUUUAUUCACACAUAACACAUAGAUUAUAUUGAUUCAGAAUGAAGCUGUUCUGAGGCAAACUGCUACUCUAACAUUAUGUUAUGUUAUGUUGACUGCCAAUUCUGCACUGGUCAGACUGAAUAGCCCGAACAGAGGCUUAUUCCAGUGUUGGACAAGGCCCGCCUUUGCAUACAUCAGGACUACACCAUGGUCAGGAUUGAAUGGGAUGCUUAUGUGCUUCCAUUGGUAUCGCGCUGUUCAGAUUUGUACGUCUCGGUCUGCCACACCUUCACUGUGGUGGCAGUAUAAGUGAAUAGCCUGGAUCGGCAUGAGGGAGUCAGUAUAUCCACAUGCCAUGCGGUUCAGUCAGAAACUAACCCACUUCUCUGACAGCCACUGCAGCCCAGUAUUGAACUACUGGAAUUCAUGGGAGUGGUAAGAGAGAAUGGCAAUGAACAGACAUCACUCCCUCCUGUGCACACGCCUCUAUCAUAUGACUACGUCCUGGUUGCCAAAACAAUUGACAAACAGGAGAGAGGCGCUUUCAAGAAGCAAACUGAAUACAUCGAGGAACUGAAAAAGAAGAACUUGAAAGUUACCAAAAUUAUAGAUGACGAUCUCGUCUUCUAUGGGAUUCAAGCGCCUAAAGAAAUUUUUGAGAAGUACAGGUACCUGCUCAAAGUGUCUGAUGCUUGUAACUGGAGCUCGGAUCAGAACAUUGUACCACUCAGCACCAGGAUAAGGAUUGUCCACUUCAUCUUGAAUCACACCCCUAUAUGUUCAGGAGAGAGUUUGCGGGCUCUUAUGAAGAUGAAGAUUUUUGAGGCAAAGUUCUGCUUGCAUGAGAAAAAGAAACAGAGAGAGCUGAAGGAGAGCUGGGCACGAUGGACAGCCUGUCUCCAAGGGCAACCCAUCACUGCCGUCAGGAACUACUUUGGGGAGAAGGUGGCCUUGUACUACCUCUGGUUGGGCUGGUACACGUAUCUGCUCAUCCCGCCUGCUGUCAUCGGGGUCAUUGUCUUCCUUUAUGGCCUUGCCUUCUUCAACAGCUCACCCCUCAUAAAGGAGGUUUGUGAGGCUGACACGGUCAUGUGUCCCCUUUGUGACAAGAGAUGCAAGGUGUGGCAGCUCUCCGACACCUGCACAUACGCCAAGGUGAGCCUGCUGUUUGAUAAUAAUGGCACAGUGCUCUUUGCAAUGUUCAUGGCAGUGUGGGCAACACUGUUUUUGGAGUUCUGGAAGAGACAUCGGGCUUCCUAUGUGUGCGAGUGGAAAGUGUCAGAUUGGUGUGAGGAGGAGGAGGAACUGAUACUGGAAAUUGUGAACGACGUUAACUGUGACCCAAAAGAAUACAAGCACUCCUAUCUGCGCAGCACUCUGGUUUUGAUCUGUGUCACAGCUAUGAUAUUGGUGAUCAUUGGCCUGACACACGCCUUGGUGGUGUUCAGGGUGAUCACAGCAGUGCUCUUGGCUGAGGGAUCAUGGGAGUUCCUGAGCAACCACUCCAGCGGCGGAGCGAUGAUGCUGGGGGCCGUCCUCCAUUACCUCAUCAUCACUGUCAUGACACGGAUCAACAGGAUUGUUGCCAUGAAGCUCUGUGAAAUAGAGGAAACAAGAUCAUUUGCUGCCACAGAGAAAAGCUUCACUGUCAAGAUGUUCACCUUCCAGUUCUUCACCUAUUUCUCCUCCCUGUUCUACGUGGCCUUUUUUCUUGGCAGGAUAAAUGGCCAUCCUGGUGGUUACGUCCGAAUUUCAGGGAUAUGGAGGCUAGAAGAGUGUCAUCCCAGUGGAUGUCUCACAGAUCUGUUCGUCCAAAUGGCCAUUAUAAUGAUACUCAAGCAAACCAUCAGCAAUGUGUUUGAGUUCACUGGGCCCUGGUUCUGCAGGUGGCUGAAGAGACGAAGAACCCAGAAGCUGCAGAGGAAAUGUGCCCACUGCUACCUGAAAGAUGACUCAGAGGCCAAACAAGGAGCUGAACUGUGUGAUAACUGCAAGCUUCGAGACUGGGUCAGCAACUACCAUCUCCAUGAUGUUGACUCCUUCAGCCUGUUCCAUGAGUUCCUAGAGAUGGUGAUCCAGUUCAGCUUUACCACCAUAUUUGUGGCAGCGUUUCCUCUCGCUCCUCUGCUAGCCCUCAUUAAUAAUGUCAUUGAGAUACGCCUGGAUGCCAUUAAAAUGGUCACUCUGGAGCGCAGACUGGUUCCCAAGAAAACCAACGACAUUGGCGUGUGGAUAGACGUGUUGGAGGCUAUUGGUGUCUUAGCUGUCAUUGCAAACGGGCUGGUCAUCGGUGUAUCUUCGGACUUCAUCCCUCGAUUGGUGUACCGCUACCACUAUGGCCCAUGUGCCAACGGCACAGUGACGGAUAUUGACUGCAUGACUGGAUACAUCAACAACACUCUCUCAGUUGCACGAAUGGAUGACCAGAACAUAGGCAACGAGUUUUCAGCGAGUCAGAUGAUCACUCCUAGUGGCUUGAAUGUCUCUUACUGCAGGUAUAAAGACUACAGGAGCAAUGAGGACUACAGUUUUACCCCACAAUUCUGGCUAAUUUUAGCUGUGCGUUUUGCCUUUGUCAUCCUGUUUGAGCACGUUGUCGUCAUAUGCAAGUUUGUUGCAGCCUGGUUUGUGCCGAGCGCUCCCAUACAGGUCAAGAAUGAUAGACUCUUUGAUAAACUCAACAGGCUAAAAGAGGAACUCAGGUCAUCUGAAGUGUGACCCCAUUCAAACACUUAAAGUUUACACAUUUUCCCCUGAGCCCAGUGUUGCCUUGUGCAUUAAAGUGUCCAGACUAUUACAGUGUUGAGUCAGCUUCAAAGCCAUUCAUCAUGUUUCUGAAGAGUUCAGACGGUGGGCUCUCACUCUCUUUUAUUGUUUGCAUUCAAAUGUUAAUUGCUGUCUAUCUGGAUACUCAUCUAUGAAACGGACUUUGAAGUCAGACUAAUCUUUCUUGCACAGUAACUGAUUUUACUGACCACGAGAUUGUUCUUAUUCUAUUGUAAGAAUGCACUGAUAGCUUACUGUUGGAUCUCUAUAUUUGUGAGACGCAUGUGAGUGUUUUUAUUGAAAGCCUAAAGAUAAUUUAUACUGCUACUGCACAUACAGUACCGAUUGUGUUUUACGAUGUUGCCUUAUUGUGUAAAAAAGCGCUGUGAUGAUUGUCAUUACUGCAGACAGAGUCUGAAGGUGUCUUUUGUAAACCAGACACAGGAAUGUUUUGCAAAAUAAUAUUUUAUAUUAUUGAAUAAAAGAGGAAAUCUUUGACCUCA